GUAAUUUACUUGAAGAGUCGUGUGACAAAAAAAAUAUAGUUUUGUGGUGAAGAAGUUACAGGGGACGUAUUAUACAUAAAUGCCUCCUUACAGUAAAGUUAAAUUAGUAACUUGCUUCUUUUUAAACAUGGAAUGAUGUCAUCAAAAUCUGAUAUAAAUCUGCAACAUUUCUAUGUUUUCAAUUCAUCUUAUAGUCAAAGGGAAGGGGAGGAACUGAAAAACAUUCUGUAUUAUUUUCCACCAAAGACUGAAGUUGACACACAAAUGAAAAAUGUUGGACUCAGUGAAGCCAUCAUUAAGUUUACAGACACAUUCAGUCCGGACCAGCCUUGCGAAUCACUCCACACACAGAAGUCCAGGCAACUUCUGUACCAACCAGAGCCGGGGUUCUGGAUGGUUAUGACAGUGAACGUGCCAGCUGUUACAAAGACCAAAGACGGCGUGGAGUACGUGGAGUACCAGAGCGAUGACGUCCAAGACAAUGUUUUUCGUUCGGUGCUGUGCCAGUCGUACCGCAUGUUUCGCUUAUUCAAGGGGUCGUUCGGUCACAUACUGUCGUCGCAUGCCGGGGACGUGGAGCUCUUGCGGCUCAAACUGGAACACUUCUUCUCACGUUACCUGACGACGCUGAAGCUGAACCACUGCGACAUCCUGGACGUGUUCCAAGGCAUUCAGUUCCUGCCGCUCGACAAGCAGACGUUCCUCCGGGUGCAGUGCUUCGUGAACCUGGUGGAGGCCAUGUUCCCCCGGGUUCGGCACACCGCCUUCCUCUACAACGACCAGCUCGUCUGGAGCGGUCUGGAGCCAGACGACAUGCAGGUGGUGUACAGGUACCUGGUCACCAGCCUGCUGCCCACCCACCUGGAGACAGAGCUGCAGGGAGGGUCCAUGCCCCGCCACCCCGCCUCCCCUUUCACCACCACGCACUACGGCAGGUUUGUGUCUGGACCGUCCAACCUGCAGGACAGCGCGGGAAGCAUGGGGAAGAUACCCAAGGUCUACGUGAACAACUCCACCGGCCCGGAGAUGUAUCAUUUGAUAGUUUAUCGAGCCCUUAGUGCUACGCUCUGCAUGUUUGUGGAUGGGACGUCUCCGCUCUGCAUGGAGAUGUUCAAGCGCAUGGACGUGUUCGUGGGGCCCCAGCUGACGGCUCUGGUGUCGGAGGUGGCGGAGCAGUGCGGCAAGCAGGCGGGCUCCGGGGCCAGCCCCACGGACCCGGGCCCCCGCUUCGUGUACUUCAACCAGCUGAACCUGGCGCAGAAGAGCACGGUGCACCUGGACGCCCGGCGCAGCGGCAACGUGGGCGUGUGCCUCGAAGUCCUGCGCCUGCUCGCGGACAUCAACUCCGACAAGAGCAGAAUGUCUAGCACAGGAGAAGUGAUACUCAAAACUAUGACUGACUACUGGGUGGUGGGCAAGUUGUCCAAUCUUCGGGAAUUUUACGUUGUCAUACAUCAGAAGAACGCCAAUCUCAUUGAGAUCAACGAUGAGGUGAGAAGGGUAUGUGAAGCGCAGUUGAAGAGCAUAUUCUUUCACGACUGAAGAACACCACCCGAGUAGCCAACAUGCUGUUGAUGCUAAUAGGCAUUUGUAUUUAAUUAAUGCUGCUGCCCACAGUCCUUGUAAGAUAUUGUCUGUCCAUUCUGAAGGUUGGGAUGAAAUUUAUCGACAUUAUGAUUUUUUUGUCUUCCACAUGUCAUAUUAUUGGUUUGAGGUUGACAUUUUAACUGUCUGCCAGUAUUAGUUGUUCGACAUUCCUGUUAACUUUACUACACAAUUAAGGUUUGUUGUUCCUGGUGUUCUUGUUCGUUUUGCUGUAAGUACGCAGAGAGAUAAGAUUUUGUUUGAUAAUGGAAUGUUGGUUGUUGAUUUUGUGAGUUAAUUGUCCUGUCCGAAUUUUUCUAGGUUGUUUUGAAAUGACAUUUUGGAGAACUCAAAAGCAUUAAAACAAUCUAAGAUUUUAAAAAGUUACUUGUGGUAACUGUAUUCAUUUAUGAUUUGAACUUAUUGAGAAUAUUGACUACCUGCACCUAUCAAUGCUCAUAAGCAGGUAAUAUGUACUUGUGAGAUCGUCCUCAUGUAUACGUAUGUGCAUAUUCUUUUGAGUACACAUUUUUGUUGACUUUUUUAAAUUUUUGUUUCAGUAACAUUACAUAACUUUUUGGUCAACCAGCUUUUAAUUUUAAUAUAAGUAUUUUGUGAAAUCAGGCUCCUGUACCCAAAGUUGUAAUAGUAAACACCAGGCAGUAAUUCAUUAGCUGUGCAGUGGGCCAAACAUUUAAUACACAAGUUUAUUGAGACCAAAUUCUUAUGACAAUUUUCAGUCAUAUAUUUAAUAAUUCUACACUUAUGAGUGUCGGCGAACAAUAUAUUUUUUUUAGUUGUAGACAGACUUUCGUAAUAUGUAGAUUUGUUGCUAUUUAUUAUACAAAAAAAUUAAUAUAAAAUGAUCAAAAAUGCAUAGAGAAAAUUAAUUUCUUUAAGUAAUACUUAACAAAAUUUAAAUAAUAAAUGCUGUUUCCUUUAAUUACUAAUGAUAAUUACUACUAAUUUAUUGUUAAAAUGAUAUAUUUGUAAAAAAAAAGUUAGGAUUUAUAACAAUGUAAUAGUUUGGUUUUUUUUUUGCAUCAUAUGCUGUGUACUUUGUCUGCGGUUGGUCUGUAAUGCCAGAACAUUUUUGUGAUUUUUUUGUGGUAUAUACUACCUUGCUUUGGACCUUAUAAUUUAAAGCAAAGGGAAGGGUGGGCAAAGUAGUAAUACCAAAUAAAAAAUUAGUGUAAAGACCAGUUACCUUUAUUGGUGUUUUUCUCAAAGUCUUAAUAUAUCUAAAACAAAUAAAAUGAAACACUUAAUGAAAUCAUUAACAUUGACUUUCAAGCAAAAUAAUUAAACUCACCAAAUGCAAAUGUGCUAUAAAAUAACUCAGAUAAUUUAUCAAAUAAAACAGGACACUCUAUAAGCACUUGGCAUAUACAGGUCAUUUUUCUGCAUCACUGUGCAGCACAUUUAAUACACUGCACAGUUUAUUCGUACCCUCAAUAACCAUUACUUGCAAGUAAUUGGUAUAUUAUUGUUGACAAAAUUUACUUUCAAGCAUGAAGCCACUGUAUGAAACGCUAUUGCUUGGCCAACUCAUGCUUUACCCAUAUAACAUUAUGUAAAUAUAAAUAAUCUCAUGUAUAAAAAUAAAUACAUCAAAACAAGAAUUGAUUAAAAAUAAAAUAUUAAAAUGAAUAAUAACACACUCAAUUGUGAGCCCUUGUACCAAACAUUUCUCUCUUAGGCCUCUUUUUUACUUUAUCACCAUAAAUAUUAAUGAGCUCAUGAUAUAGGCAAAUCUCACUAUAAUGACUUUCCAAUAAACUUUUACUUUAUCACAAGAAAUAUUAGAGAGACCCAAAAUAUAAUACAUUAUCAUAAUAAUGUCUUUCAAACAAAUUAAUACUUUAUUACAAUAAAUAUUAAUGAGUUCAAGAAAUUAGAAAAUCUCACUGUAAUGUCUUUCAAACAAAUCAUUUUAAAGCCUAAAGUCUUGUUUGUGAGCACCUACUACUGGGUAAUUUCCACUCUGAAAAUUGAUUCUUUGCUAUGACUUAACUUUGAACCUGUUGUUUACAACACUUUAUCAUUAUCUUGUAUUUUAUAACCAACUAUCAGAAUACAAAAUAUUGAUUUAACUAACCUUUUUAUUAUUGAAUAUAAUUUUGAAUCCAACUUUUCAUGAUAGUGCAGAUUUAAAUAUUAGUGCCAGCAGGCAUUUAACUUUGUUUGACACAAUAUCCAUGGCAGACAUUAUUUUUUGCAAACAAAAUGUGAUAGUUUCUUUUGAUUGUAAAACUCAAUGUACUAACCACCAAAACAGUUUUGCGAAACUCACAUAAGUACUUGGGGAGUGAAAAGUGCGGUUUGAAUCGCUGGACAAAGAAACUCUCAUGAGAUAAAAUCAUGCUCACAUAAUGUAGCUAAUGAACAUGAAAUGGCGGACACUGCACCUUGCCAUUUCAUUUCAGGACCAACGUGGCCAGCUGUUGCACACCACAAUGCAACAUUCCCUUUCGACGAAAACUCCCAAGAUGUCGGUGUAAAAUCACAGCGACAAAUAACCAGUGAACGAUAUUAAUUUAGCCCAUUCUGUAUUAAUCCUGGACGCAGUAGCUAUCACCAACGUUGAAUUUUGAACAUCGUUGCCACGCCCAACUCACAUUUUUUACCACACAACACUCCUUUGUAUGUCUUAACAAGCUUCUACAGUAUGUCACGCACAACUUCCAGUAAAAUUGCAAUAUGACAAUAUUGCAAUAUUGUGCACUCGUCAAGUCAUAGCCAUCCAGUCCCUGCGCCGAAGCAAAGCGCUUCCUCUGAAGCUCACUCAAAGACAAUCAAACCACUUCACACUCCCGCAACUGGACGCAUCAAAGCACAUCAGGCGCGUGCCAAGACACAGAGCGCUCUAGCGACCGACAGGAAUACUACCAGAAAAACUUGCACACCAUCACGUGGCUCACCUCGCGGCAUUUAGCUCAACUACCAGACCUGUGUGAGACCAGGCGUGUUCCGAAAACAAAUCCACGCGGAGCACCUCUUAACACGAAACAAAUGUGGCGAUCACCACAUGAUCGUCACAUUGGUUGGAAACAGAACAUUUUGUUAUGUUUAUUGGAACUUUUACUUUGGUUCUGUUAGGUUGGGUUUGAAGAUGUAAACCUGUGGUUAGCCAGCACUAAUGUACAAUUUUAUUAUGUACUAGUUUGUACAAUUUUGAACACUUCUUGUUAUAUAACUUUCAAUUUCUUGUAUUAAGUUGCAGUUACGGCAAAGUCAGUUUACCCUCUUGCUAUAUUAAUCCGUAGAUUUAUUUUGGAAUUUAAAUCUCUGUGCUGUGGAAGAAGUUUGUGCAACUAAUAAUAAUGUUUGAUUUUGGGUGGUGAUGAUUUUAAAUUUUAAUAGUUUAUUUAAUAAAUAAUCAUAGAUUAUGCCUCCAUCAGUGUUAAAAAUGCAUUGAAUUAAUUAUACUUUAGUUGUAAAAACCUGUGAUACUGUAAAUAAUUGUUAAAUAUUUUUUAAAUAUAAGUUUAAAAAUGCCAGAUGGUUAUAGUUUUGGUGUUGCAUGAAAAUAAGAACUUUCUAGUGUACUAAGUUUUCAAACAAGUGUAUGUUAUGCAUGUGGCAAGCCAAAGUUGACAUUUUGUCGCAUAAAUUUUGUUCCAGCAUCUAUGCACAUACUUAAACUAUUCCAAACAAGGGUGAAGACAUUUGAAAUAAUUUUAUUGUGUACAUAACUCAUUAUACUUACAGUAUGAAUAUUUUUGACAAUAUUGAAUAUAGUCAGUUGAUCCUCAA